AUGGCUACGAUGAUGGCUAUGUUUAUAAAUCCUAUUUUAUGGCUGCAACUCUCAGAGAAUGAUGUUUCGAGGAAAUUUAACGAUGAAAAUAAAACAAGAAACACUUCAAAGUGUCCGGGAUACGUUUGGUUGCUGGUAGAUGAUUGGCGGGAGAAUGAAGAGUUGUUUAGAUACGACCUUCUCAUUGGCUGCCCAUCGCAUUUUAAUUUUGUUGCGUGGUUUCAUUGUCCAACAACGAUUGAGCAGCAAUUGAACAGGCAACGUCAGAAAUCACUCCACAUGAUGCAACUACAACAAUCUUCUCAACAACAGGAUGAACGACACUCCUGGACAUCCAGACAUGGUCAACAACAAAAUUAUCACCAUCAAAAACAGCAGCAAAGGAGGCAAACAGACACACAACAUCGAAUGAAAAGGUUCCUCGUUAACCACUCCAAUUCACAGGAACAAAUUUCAUUGCUACGUAACGCCACGCCUCAAUAUCAUACAAAUCGCCAGAGUUUGUUUCGAGAUUUGCAUCACAAAGAACAAGCGGAUGCUCAACAAUACAAUCAAGUUCAACUGCUGCAGCAACAACAACCGCUCAACGAAGAAAUGCAACAACAGUUGAAAAGGUGUCAACAAAUGUCCUUACGAAUAUUCUCUCACGUAUCAUACAAAAUUGUUCUGGACGACGGAAAGAAGGUUGUUAAAAGAAUUCUUUCAUCACUAACGUACAAAAAAUUUGUUGAAGUUUCAAAAAACGUUGACAUCUCCGAUGAGCUUUUACAUGAAAUCACGAAUGAUGUGCAUUCCUCGCAGCAUCAUGUUCAGCCAACGAAAGAUAUUUAUAAGAAAACGCAUUCAAUCAGAUUUCAUAACGACGCCGUCAACAACGCUGACAAUCAAAACAUCAACAAUCAUAAUAUCAACAACUUUGAAAGCAUUGAAAACAUCCCCAACAACAUCAGAAACAACAACAACAGCUACAGCAGUAGCAACAAUAGUAGACUCAACAACAAUUUCAACAAUAUGCACAUUGUUGACAACAUCAGCAGUAAAAACGAUAGCUGGAGUAAAGCCGAUGAAGUAAUUAGCAAUUCGAAUAACAAGAUGGCCACGACGGGUAACUCAAGGAAGAAAUUCAUCUUGGUGAAUGAGGAACAUGUCGAUCUUAUAAUGAUCUUCCUUCUCGGCCUUCUUGUUUUUCAACUUUUUUCGCUCUUACGAGUUCUUGCUUACUACCACAACAUACGACGGCGUUCUAGACGUCGGCAAAAAUUAACCGAAGAAAGUUAUUUCUGUCGCAAUUGUUGCCAAAAGAAAGACUCAAAUUUGAAAAGCAGUUUCAUUGGAUGCUUUGCUUUGGAAUUUUGCAAGAAAAAACUAUGGCUGAAAGUUUUGGAUCUUGUUAAAAUUUUAUUCAUGUUGAAUAUUGCGUACGUUGUAAUAUCCUGCUGUCAGCAAGUAAACAAAUUUCAACUAAAUCACCCGACAGAGCAGACGAAAAUAAAUAAACCUCUCACAGUUAUUAAAUCAAGCUGCGUUCAUAACAAUAAAAAUGCACUGCUGCAUGCGUUGAACGAACCUCAGUAUUACAGUAAAUAUGGAUUUGAAAAUGAUGUCCACAAUGAAUGGAUGGUCGUCUUACCAACGAUACUGUCAGAUUUCUUUUCUCUUUACCGGAGAAACAAAACUAAUAUUAAAUAUUCCGCCAACUUCUUCGAUUAUCACAAGAUUGAAAUUUUCAGUUCAAAUAUUUUGUUUGAAAGUCAUAUUACGAAUUUUAAAAAAUACAAAACAUCCGUAAAGUGGUAUAUAGAAAUAGAAAAACAGAAACUGUACGGCCUAAGAGUUAGCGCCAUUCAAUAUUUACUGAAACAGAUUUCUACAAUUGAGAGUAUAAAUCUGUUGCAAUUUCAUAGAAAUUUAUUUUUAAAGAACAAAAUCAAUCCGGCCAACAUUACCAAUCUUUUUCACAACGUCAACAAUAAACUCUCGAACUUUCAGUCAAAGUUCGCGCUGAUACUACAGCAGAAACAAAGCCCCAACCAAAAAUUUAUUAACCAGGCCGUAAAUCGGCCAUCAUCGUGUGCAACAUUUGUUAGCGAGAACAAAAUGUGCUGCACAUGCUGCUUGGUCAAUGAAAAAUCAAACAAAAAUGUAGGCCGGCACAAAAUUGAUGUGACUCUUCAUUUCAACAUUGCUAAUCCGAAAGCCAAAUGUUUUCCUAAUGACAUGUUUAGGAACAUAGAAUAUAAAAAGAUCAAAGACUGCAACAUAUACAACCAAAAUAAUUUUGAAGACGACGGAAAGGGCAUUGACAACAAAAAGCACAACAAAAAUAGCAACGCCUCAGAGAAUGAAAACAUCCUCAUUGCAUUUGACUGCAUGGUUUGUUUGUUCCUCCUGGCAGUUUUAAAUAUAUUUUCAAUGCUUUACCGUCUUUUAAUAAAAGUAACAGCGUCGGAAUGCAAAGCGCAAACCAGCGGUAAGCCACUUGAAAUUUUUGUUUGCAGAUACAAACGCGACAACGACAAAAUUAAUAGUAACAACAGCACUAUGGAGAAUGCUUCCCACACGGCUUCAAGCAGCAACAAAGAUUGGAAAAACAUUUCAAACGAUUUGCAAAAAAACAACCCUAACAGUUUGAAUAAGAACGAAAGCACCAUACCUGAGCAAAUAAAUUUAUGCAAACUUUUAAAACUGUAUCAAGAUAGAAAAUAUUCUGGUUCGACAGAAAUAUCGUCAAUACUUCAACAUUUAUCAAACAAUAGCCUACCAUCGCUGUCCAUAUUUUCAACGUUCACAAAGUUCAACGAUUACAGUAGUAGCGAUAUGAAUAAUGCGCUGACACAAAACACUCAACAUGCUAAUUUCUUCAAUCCUGCAUCGUCAGCCUCCACACCGCCAUCAAUCAUUCGUUCGUCUCGUUUAUCAGAAGAUCUCCGUGCCUUAUUUUCCAGCAACAAAAACGUCGACGAAAUUCUUAAUUCGAAUGAAAAUUUUUAUUUCAAGUGUGACUGGGGCGAUGAAAAUUCUAGUGUGAGUUUAAUUAAGGACAGAUUAAUAAGCUACCACUUGAAUUUAUUCAACAAGCCCUCAUUAACGCUACCCUCGCAGAGUUCUGCUCUUGCCAACGAAUAUGGUUAUGUGUCAUCAGAAAUAAUGAGAAUCACAAAACUCUCCGACACCACCAACACCCAAUCAACACUCAUCGAAUUAUUAAGUUUCGCGUCGGUUUUUAUUUUUUUGUUUGUCUUCUUCACGGUGAUGCUACAAAUCUCAUUUGAAAAUCUAAGUAAAUUUUACGCCUCAAAAGAAAAAACUGAAAAUAGAAAUGACUUAAUCGAAGAAGCGGUUUUUAUAGAUAGAAAUAUAAAAUGGUUCGUCUUGGGAAGGUUUGAAACAUUCGCAUUUGAGGUCUCUCUCAGUAACGUGCUCUGCCUAUUCUUAAAUGUCCAAGUGGAGGAGUGCAGUCAUGUUGAAAGGCGUUUGUACGAUGAAAUUGUAUUCACAAUCUCCAACGUCGUCAUUCCAGGAGUUAAUUAUAUCGACGAUGCUGAAGGCAGCAAUCCAAUUGUACACCUAUCAAACGACCACCAUCUUGGAAAUAAUAACCAUUUUAAAUUUAUAUUUUACGCGAUGUCUGCCGUUUUCAUUCUGCACUGUGGCCUUUUAACAAUAUUUGAAGCUUUACGAAUCGUCCCUAGUAAGCAAAUAAAAAUGGACUCUUCUGAUUCGAUAAUGGAUAUACAUGUUUCAAAGAACGGCUCAUGCUGCCGUCCAAAAGAAAAAAUUUUGAUCAGUGCAAAAAAACCAGAAGAGGUAGAAUUAGUCGGAACCACGAGCAACUCUGACGUCAAUUCUUCUCUGAGUUUAAAUGUUAACUUAGUGUCAAAAAACUGUGAAAAAUUAAAACAUGAUUCGAAUUAUUUAAGAGAUUUGUCGACAAUCAGUCAAACAUUUACAGAAACGCAUGUUUAG